AUGCAGCACUAUGGAGUCAAUGGUUACUCUCUUCAUGCUAUGAACUCUCUGAGCGCAAUGUACAAUCUGCACCAGCAGGCAGCACAACAAGCUCAGCAUGCUCCUGAUUACAGACCAUCUGUCCAUGCCCUGACCCUGGCCGAGAGACUCGCUGAUGUGUUUUUCCUUUCCAACGGCUGUGCAUUUCAAGACAUUAUCCUCGAGGCGAGGUACGGUUCCCAGCACCGUAAGCAGCGUCGAAGUCGGACAGCCUUCACUGCCCAACAGUUGGAAGCCCUCGAGAAGACUUUCCAGAAAACUCACUAUCCAGAUGUGGUGAUGAGGGAGAGGCUGGCCAUGUGCACUAACCUGCCUGAAGCUAGAGUGCAGGUGUGGUUUAAAAACAGACGCGCCAAGUUCCGAAAGAAGCAACGUAGCCUGCAGAAAGAGCAGCUCCAGAAGCAGAAAGACGCUGAAAUGAGCCAGGAUGAAGCUAAAUCUGAGAAACCGGCCACUGAAACCCAAACCUGCUCAGAAGCCAUCGAGGGGCACAGCCAACCCAGGAGCGAACCCAGCCACGUUGAGUUGAACGUCACCUCGGCAGAGCAAUCAGACAGUGAGUCGUCAGCGGAGGAACAGAUCGAUAGGGAGCGAGAGUUUAAGUCGCCAACAGAUGAAUUAAAGCAUGAAAAAAACAUCAGCCCCGAAAGCAAGUCAGCAACCUGUAAACGUGGCAGCCCCAAAUCAGAUUCGCCAAACACCACAGUAGGAACACCUGCAUCCAGCAGCGGCAGUAACAUGGUGCAAACCCACUCCUACUCCUCGUCUCCCCUGAGUCUCUUCCGACUCCAGGAGCAGUUUCGCCAGCACAUGGCGGCCACCAACAACCUCGUCCACUACUCUUCCUUCGACAUGGGGACCCCACCGGCCAUGCCUUACCUGGGCAUGAACAUGAACAUGGCUCCCAUCAGCUCUCUCCAUUGCCAGUCCUACUACCAGUCCCUGUCGCACGCUCAGCAAGUUUGGUCCAGCCCUAUCCUGCAAGCUUCCAGCACCCUGCCCAACCUCAACAGCAAAACCACGAGCAUCGAGAACCUGCGGCUCCGAGCCAAGCAGCACGCAGCCUCCCUGGGACUUGACAGCCUGCCCAACUGA